ACGGAAAAAGUGGAAAACGAAAACAAGAUGGCAGCGAUGUCAGAUCAUGGUCUUAAGAGAAUAGUUUGGAAAAGAAUAAAAGAUACAAUUAUCACAGAUUGCAGAAAAUCAGAAGUGUGGAAGAUAUUGAUUCUGGACUCCUUCACCACUAAACUCCUCUCAUCAUGCUGCAAAAUGUCCGAUCUGAUGGCAGAGAAAAUAACAAUUGUGGAGGACCUGUUCAAAAACAGGGAGCCUGUUGCUGAAAUGAAGGCCAUCUACUUCAUGACACCUACCGCUAAGAGUGUUGAUGCCUUUAUAGCAGACUUCAAGCGCAAACCCAAAUACAAAGGAGCCUACGUUUAUUUUACUGACUACUGUCCCGAUGACCUUUUUAACAACAUGAAGCUUUACUGUGCCAAGUACAUACGUGUCUGCAAGGAAAUAAACAUCUCUUUCAUGCCAGUGGAGGCACAGGUGUUUACAUGUGAUGAUCCUGGGGCUUUCCGAAACAUCUACAGUCCUCACAGUCAAGUCAAAAGAAAGACACUGGAGACUCUUGCAGACCAGAUCGUGACGCUUUGUGCCACGUUGGACGAGUACCCAGGGGUCAGAUACAAGAAAGACAUGGAAAAUGCUAUAACUCUUGCAGAGCUGGUUGACACCAGGCUGGCCAGACACUAUGAGUUGGAUGACAAUGGGAAGAAGAAGGAAAAGACUCAGGCCCAGCUGCUGAUAGUGGAAAGAGGCUUUGACCCAGUAAGCCCCAUCCUCCAUGAACUCACCUACCAGGCCAUGGCCUACGACCUCCUUGAUAUUCAGAAUGACACAUACAUGUACAAAUCCAAAGAUGGCUCAGAGAAGCAGGCUCUGUUGAAUGAGGAUGACAUGCUUUGGGUGAAGCUCAGACACAAGCAUAUUGCUGAAGUCUCAGAGGAAAUCCCCAAGAUGGUAAAGGAAAUAUCUGCCAACAAGAAACAGCCAGAUGGGAAGAUAACAAUAAGCAAUUUGGCCCAAAUGAUGAAGAAGAUGCCUUCAUUCCGUAAACAGCUUACUGAGAAAACUAUACAUCUACAGUUGGCUGAAGACUGCAUGAAACCUUUCUCAAGUAACGUGGAAAAGCUUUGCAAAGCUGAGCAGGACCUUGCAGUAGGUUCUGAUACAGAUGGGGUGAAGGUGAAAGAUCCCAUGAGGACUCUGCUGCCUGUGCUGCUUUACCCGUACAGCAAAUACGACAAAAUUCGAGCUGUGCUGCUCUACAUCUUCAGUCUUAAUGGAACAACAGAUGAAAACUUGAAUAAACUUAUCCAGCAUGUUCAGAUUGAGGAUGAACGAGAGUUUAUCCUGAACUGGAAAGAACUGGGAGUCCCUAUCAUCACAUCUCCUAGUCUCUUCUCUCGCAAACAAACCCGACGGGAUCGUCCCCAGGAGGGGAGGUACAGCCUUUCAAGAUGGACUCCGGUCAUAAAGGAUGUGAUGGAGGAUGCUGUGGAAAACAAACUGGACGCCAGGGAAUGGCCACACCAGUCUGAGUGUCCUACUGCCUGGAAUGGCUCUGGAGCUGUCAGCGCUCGCCAGAAGCACAAACCUAACGCUCAGGACGAACGCCGGACUGGCUCACGCCUUAUCAUCUUUGUUAUUGGAGGAAUAAGUUACUCUGAGAUGCGUGCUGCCUAUGAGGUCACUCAAGCAGUAAAAUCCUGCGAGGUCAUCAUAGGAUCGUCACACAUUUUGACCCCCACCUGUCUUCUGGAUGACAUCAAAGCUCUGAGCAAAGGCCCAAUGGAAACCUUAACGAUUGAGGAAAGGAGCAACACAUGAAAACAUCUGGCUCUCUGCAAAGUAUCUUCCUGAGCGCCUCCAUGUCCCUAAAUGUUGUCACUCAGCACACUGCACAUAACUUCCUGAAUGGAAUACUCAAGGGAAUUUUUCUUUUCUUUUUUUUGGACAAUUUAAGUUUAAGCUUGGUCACUUCAGUUGGCAGGAUUUCAUUUCACUAGCUUAAAAAUAUGGCCUGAUAAUGUGUAUAGUUUUGUAAUAAGUAUAUAGAUCAUAUUAAGACAAUUGAACUCAUCCUACUAAGCAUUUUAUGUUAAAGAAAAUGUUUAUAAUACCUAUGUUUGUUCACAGUUGCCCUUAAAGAAAGAUGCGGGUAAUAUUCAAACUGAAAAUCUUCUGAAAGCCUUUAAGAACCAAAUUAGUGUUGAGGGGGGAAAAGCACAAAACUAUUGUAUAUACUGUAUGUAUGCACUGAGUCUCUGUCAUUUUGACUUUUCCAUUCACUUCUGUUUAUAUAAACAUUUAAUGUAAUCUGAAUAGUGCUUUUAACAAAGUAAUUACACUUUUCUUGAACUGAACAGUUG